ACUCUGGCCCCACAUCGCACUCCAGCUUGCACUCUCUCCAUACACGCUGCCAGCAAACACCCAUGUCAGGCUUCCUCAACUCGAUCGGUCGUCUCCGUGCCCCUAAGCGAUCCCCCACCAACACUCCCACUCAGCAGGGCUUCUUUGAUCCUCUCCCUUCUCCGGGCGUCGAGAACGCCAACCAAUCGUAUCGGCCUCCAUCUCCCGGGCCCAAGCCCCUCUAUCUAUGUCAGCCGUUUGUGAAGGCCGCGCUCGUUAAAGGUAGUUUUAAGACUAUCGUUGCGCCGCCCAAGUAUGUCGACAUCAACGAGUGGGUGGCCAUCAACUUGUUUGAUUUCUAUCAUAACCUCAAUCAAUUCUACGGCGUUUUGACAGAGUUUUGCACUAUGCAGAACUGCCCUACGAUGUCUGGUGGAAAGACUCUAAACUUCCUUUGGCCAGAUCACAACCAGAGACUAGUCUCUCUGGCGGCGCCAACGUACAUUGAUUUCGUAAUGAGUUGGUUACAAAAGCUUUUGGAGGAUGAAAAUGUCUUCCCUACAAAGUCUGGGAAACCGUUUGACCACUCAUUUGCCUACACGGCUAAGCACAUCUAUAAGCACCUUUUCCGUAUUUUUGCCCAUCUUUACCAUGCCCAUUUCGAGCAAGUCCUCCACCUCUCCAUCGAAGCGCACUUCAAUUCUCUCUUCGCCCACUUCCUCGCAUUCGGAAAAGAAUUUGAUCUUUUGGUAAUGAAGGACCUUAUGACCACCCAGGGUAUGGGACAAGGUGUUGCGGAGUUGAGCGAGAAGUGGAGGCAGAUGGGUAUUUUGGAGUCAUAAAAGAAUCGGAAAAAUAAUGCGUCAGAGUUGAUCUCUGGAUUUCACGGAACGAGUGAGAGAUGAUGAGAGAGGAUAAGGUUGCAUAGCUCUGCAUUGGGUGGUCUGUGGCUUGUCAACCGAGGUGGACCCGUUGAUACGGCGAGAGCAAUUAGUCAGCUGUUGUAGAUUCUUGUUUCAUAUAUAUGCAUGCUAGAGACGAUAUUCAUG